CAGCAUCGUGCAUUUUAAUCGGACGUUGCUUAGAAAGACGCUCCCAUCAUAGACAUUCUAAGCUCGAUAGAAAUCCUUCGCGACGACGAACGAAAAAAAUUAACGCGACUAACCAAUGGGAGUAAUUCGACAGGACACGGUCGAUCGAUCUCGGCAUCGUUUCGCGGCGUGGUUGUUUCCAAGCGUACGCGGUAUUAUGUAAAAGUGGCCGCAUCCUAUCGUUCUUCGUUAUCACCGCCAUUUCCUCUUCUCGUCGUAUCCGUCUUUCUCGAUUUCACGUUUCUCUUGCGUUUCGAAUCCUCGAGAGGAGGACGAUCAACAUGGAAAAUAAUUCAUUCACGGCCAUUCUCUGGUGAUCGCGCGCUUGCCCUCGUCGUUACUUUCAAUCGACUUUCAAAUUUACGAUUACACAGACGGAAACACCGACGCAACGCAUCAAACGUAUUAUUCGAUCGGCGAGGCCCUCUUACGCAACGCGUUAAAGGUCGAUAAAUCGACAUGGUUGUCGAGGGUCUCGUAUUUCUCGACGGAGCCGCGCCAUCACGCGGCAUUGCAGCUCGGAGACUUUAACGCCCGGAAAGACGAUUCACGGUGAACGCACGCGGCAUAGCGCGCGGGCCAUUCGCGCUACCAUCUUUUUUCCUACUUUUCCGCUCGCAGAAGCGCUGUUAUCGAAGUGGACGAUAAUCGAUCGGGCAAUGCAACGAUUAAAGAUACGAUGACAGAGGAAUAGAGCCUGCGACGGUAGCGAGGUUGCGCGAUAAUUACCACGGUGGCGAAGAAAGGAAGUGGCGAAAUCGAUCCGCGAGUUUUUCCGCGAUCAUCAACACCAGAUUCCCCGUCGUUGCUCCUCGGCCGUUAAGAACGAAGCCGAAGAAACGCGAAAAGAAAACGAGUGGCGGCUGAUAGCUCGGAUUUCCGAAGGUCAGUAACCAGGAGCAAGAAACACGGAAGAGACAAGCCAGCGUAAAAACGGCACGUCGAUUGAAAUUAUAUAAUUAACCGAUCGCCGAUUCCAGCCGCCUUUAAGAGACGUUUCUUUUUGCGUGACUCCAUACCUUCCACGGCUGUCGUUCCAUUUAACGCUAUCUUCGACUUGUGGACUCAGACCCUUUUCGAAGGGAAAUAAAAAAGGGAAAAGAAGAAACAAUGGGAACGACGUUCUUCGCUUUCGACGCGGCUAACUCGAGUUUCCCAAAAGUUGUGAGAAUAUUCAAGAGCGUGACAAUGGAAAAUCACACCCCCUUUCGACCUGCCGAUCUGGCUCGACCACGUUCCCCUUGGCCGUCUUCCUGGCCGCGGUGAAAAGAUGGAUUAGAGUGGAAAGCUCGGAGGUUGAAAAGACGUGUGCGCGCCUGGGUCCUUCGGCUCGUAUUUUCGGAGGUCAGUAACCAGAAGAGAAAGAAGACACGGUUGCGCGCUCGUUCGCGAAGGGAGACGGAAGAAGCGAGGCCUACGCGCGUGUACGGACACGUCUUGGGGAGGGAAGGCGCGUCGAGAAAAACAGAGAGAAAGAGAGCGAUCAAAUGAAAAAAGAGGCGAAGAGAGCGGGGCUACUCGAUGGCCGAGGCGAUGAACAGAGAAGAGGAGCACAGAGUAGAAAGAGAGAAGAAGCAGAGAGAAGGCUACCGCCUUCUCGCUGAGGAGAACUCGGAGCGAAGCCGAGCUGUGCCGAGCCGAGCGAAGGGGGUGGGGAAGAGUACCGUUGGUUCUGUCGAUGGGGAAUACUGAACCGAACGAACGAAACGUACCGGCUGCACCGCGUCCUCUGCACUGUCGAGGAACGAGCCGAGAAUCCAAGGAAAGAAAGGAAGGAGAGAACGAGGAAAGAGUCAGGCAGAAGAAAGAACGAAUCGAAGGAAGGAGGUUCGCCGCUGCCGCCGCUUGCUGCUCGCGCUUCUCGAACUCGCGCGGCCGAGAAAGACGAAGAGAGUUCGAGGGGCCGGUUAGAGAGUAGGAACGAGAAGAGAAUCGAAGAGAAGGGAACAGAGAGAAAAGAAGCGAAGUGAGACUACUCGUCGAGUCGAGGCGAGCGGAGCCGGCCUCCUCUUCCUUCCUCGCUACCCGUCCUCCGUCAGUCCUCCCGGCGACGCACACGAACGCGCCACGGUAACGUGGUUACGUUAGUGCGUACACGCGCACACCGCGAUUCGUACACAAGGAGACACCUAGACUCACCUUACCCGCCGUACUCGUCAGUUCGAACCACGCGGCUUCGCACGGUGUACACGACCGUACGUCAAGGACGAGGCAGUCCUCUUCGCCAAGGAGCGAGGAGAGGUCCUCCGCGCGUGAUUCCGAUCGCUUCUUCAUCGCGCUUAGUUCUUCCGCGCCACCGCCUGUCUUCCUCUGUUUAACGCGCGCUCGGACCUCCGCGAGAAACCCUGCGAGGUUAGUGACGAAGCCACGGACAGGUCGGACCACGAAGAUCGAGCGUAUCGUCGAUAAGGGAGAGAACACAGCAGCGACGUUCUGUCGUUAUUUUCGAGUUGUUCCACUCACAGGGAACUUCCUCUUCCGGGACCUCAAAAAGAUCGGGAGGAAGUUGAGAUUACGUUGAGAGCAGUGCCGGCAAAAGCAGUUGAAAAACUCGGUUCAAGUUUGUUUGUUCGUCGGGAACAAGAAUCGAGUCGAUGAGAUCGACUCGGUUCGCCAAAGUUUCGCGCGUAGACGCUAGUGACCGCUGACGGACCACAUUACGACCUGAAGAUAUGUCAGUGACUUUGACUUGUGAACUUUGACAGUUUACCGUGGUUGUGUCAGGAUUCGCCGGCUUCCAGGGAAACGUCUAAGUGAAGGAUGGAGGCCAGCGAGUGGGAUCACGCGACCUUGAGAGAAGAGGAAUUCGAGCAGCAUGCCGUAUAUUUGGUACCGGAUGUGGCGGCAUCGCCAGGCGAUACCAAUCGUGCGGAGGCAUCCCUGCCAAGAAAUUUGGUCCUCAAACCUUCUCAGGCCCUCAACGAUGUACGUUCCUCCGCCAAAGAAUCCUUUCUCGAGACCUCCUCGGUUUUGGGAGUGUGGAGCACAAGUUACAUUCCCAAGGGAACACGGUUCGGUCCUCUCGUGGGACAAGUGUACACCAAGGACUCGGUGCCGGCCGACGCGAACCGGAAGUACUUCUGGAGGGUGUACAAAAACAACGAGCUGUUCUACUACAUCGACGGUUAUGACGUCCAGAAAUCAAAUUGGAUGCGUUACGUAAACCCGGCUUAUUCGUCCGAAUCGCAGAAUUUAAUAGCAUGCCAGUAUAAGAUGAACAUUUAUUUUUACACAAUCAAACCAAUACUACCGAACCAAGAGCUUCUGGUGUGGUAUUGUCGAGAGUUCGCAGAAAGGCUCAAUUACCCACUAACGGGUGAAUUAAUGCUUCAAAGAAUACGACAACAAGUACAACAAUCUACGUUACCAACGGAAAUUCCACCUACGGUGGACGUGGUGUCACCGUUAAAGGAUUCAUCGAUUUACGAGAGACGCUCGCAAAUGACCCCAACGGACGGUUCCGUUAGAUCGGACGAAGGCUAUCAUUCCAAUGGUUAUCACGACGAGAUCCUCACUCCCCCGGAAGAGAGUAGCGAGUCGGACUCGGAGAACAAUUACGUGCUAGAUUUCAGCAAGAACGCGAAAACGUCGGUAUGCAACAACGAGGUGCUCAAACAAGACAAUGCAGUUGCGAAGAACGAGUACAGGAAGGUUAAGAUCAAGAUCACCAAGACCUACGGGAACUUCCAGGCGUCGAAGAACCUAGACGCUAACGGAAAGGACAAAGAUCAAGAAUUGCCGAGCAGAGCUGUGACCCCGGAACUACAGAAACCGGUGUCACCCAUAAUUCUUCAGAAGAACGCCGUCCUGACGACGGUAACCGAAGAUGAAAUUCCAGAGAAAAACCCGAAGCCCUUUUACGAGUCCGAGGUCAAGGGUGCUUUGCCCGUUUCCGGGAGACCAGCCUAUCUGACCAGCCCGAGUAGCUCUAUCCUCGAAAAUAUCCUCCUUCGUAGCAGUACCGAUAACAAUAACAACAGCCACAACCAUCAUCACAAUGGAACGCAGCAACACCAUCAGAUUCACCAUCAAACGCAUGCCGAUUCGGUCACGCCACCGCCAUCCAGUCCAACGGAAAUGGCGUACUCUUACAAAAAGUCUCAUCGCUACGGAAACAUUCUACCUUGCAGUCCCGAUUCCAGUUCGAAUCUGCCUAUGCAAGCGGACACGUGCGUCAAUUCCACUACCAGUGGUAACAGCACGCUACCGAUGCAAAGUCCGACGAGUAACUUGCAUUCCAGCACGGGAAACCUUCACUCGAGUACAGGCAAUCUACACUCCAGUACCGGACCCAGCAACGUUCUACAGUCUCAUCCAGGGAACAUCCAUUCGUCCAGCAAUUCCAACAAUCACCAUUCCAGCGCGAACGUUCUGUCGUCCAGCACGAUACUGACAUCCACGAGUAACCUUCACUCUUCGACGACAUCCAGUAGCUGCCCGCCUAAGAGAAAGACCAAGAGUCCGUCACCGUCUACGAAUCCCACGGGUGCGUCCACCCCGACGAUCUUGUACUCCAGUUCCGGCGGAUGUCAAAUAGAAUCCAGCCCGGUGUAUCCGACCUCCGCGGCGAACAGCAAUCAAAGUGUUUCGCCCAUUUCACCUAUUCAAUCGCCUUCGUCCUAUCCCUACGGCAUUUAUCAUCAGAAUGGCUCGCUGCAUCACAACGUGGCGCCGUUGUCUAUCAAUUGCACCGCCUAUUCGCCAACCCCUAGCGGAAACGUGGUUUACGAGAGAGCCGAUGGAAGAAGGCUGGAGGCUGCCACGAGCAGUCACCAAUUGCCGACCUCGUCGACCAUGCAAAUCGACAGUAACCAAACGUUAAUAGCUGGCACGCACAAUCUUCACCUGGGUCAUCACCCUGGUCUCACCAUUCAUGCCAACUCUUCGUCAUUGAACCGAUACUCGCCCGCGAGUUCUUUAUCCCCGGACGACCACGGUUGUUCGCAGAGUGGUUCGCUGAGUCCGAACUCCCAAGGAUCCAGGGGCUACAGGUCGUUACCAUACCCAUUAAAGAAGAAGGACGGAAAAAUGCACUACGAAUGCAACGUCUGCUGCAAGACGUUCGGCCAACUGUCGAAUCUCAAGGUGCACCUGAGGACUCAUUCCGGCGAGAGACCAUUCAAGUGUAACGUUUGCACCAAGAGUUUCACUCAGCUAGCUCAUCUACAGAAACAUCAUCUCGUGCAUACAGGUGAAAAACCACAUCAAUGCGAAAUCUGCAAGAAGAGGUUCAGCUCGACCUCAAAUCUGAAGACUCACCUGAGACUGCAUUCCGGCCAAAAGCCCUAUGCUUGUGACCUGUGCCCCGCGAAGUUUACUCAGUUCGUUCACCUCAAGUUACAUAAGAGGUUACACACGAACGAAAGGCCCUAUACCUGUCAAGGUUGCGACAAGAAGUACAUUAGCGCGAGCGGUCUUAGGACCCAUUGGAAGACAACCAGUUGCAGACCAAAUAAUAUCGAGGAUGAACUUGCCCUAGCCGCGGCCGUGGGUUCGCCGACGUAUUACGAAUACGGCCCGGACAUGAACGUCGGAAAUAUGCCGAAGGAAUGCGAACUGGAGCACAUCGAUAAUUACGAGAGGCACGGAUCCACGCAUGGCCCACACUCGACGUCUCUUCACAACCUGGAGAAUUCCGUAGGCCGGCCAAGCGUCAUAGAGACCUCCCAGCCUCACAUAAUCGAGUGCACCUAAAAAUGGGGGUAUGAGCCCUUUCGCUCAAACGCAAAAUCCAGCCGUGGAAUAGUAAACGAGUUGCUCACGACAGACGAAAACGACGUUGCCCUCGUGAGAUGGUAGUGACAACGAUAAUACUCGUUCGUGCUUCCCUUCGCAGUGGGUCGCAAGAACGGAGAAAUUUUCGAAUUGUACUUUUCUUCAUUUCGUUCGUCGUAAACAGCGUGUAAGAAGAACGUGUAAAGAGGCAGAGACGAUCGGAGACAGGAAAAUCGUCGAACGCGAUCGAAAACGUGAGUGAGAUUACGUGAACAAGUAAUUUGAGAUUGUUAAAUAUUGUUGCUUGGUUAUUGUUAACGCGAAGGAAUUCAAAGCUUUUAGUAGAUACACUUCUUGGAAGCUGGUUACUUUACGUACGUUAAUCGUAACGCGAACUAGUUCGAUUUCUCUGACGAGGGUGGACGAAUCGACGAGAUUCCAGCUACGAGCAUACAAAGUUCCUUCCUUGUAAAUACUCGUUUCUAUAUUUUUUCUAUGGUAGCGCCACCAACGAAAACAAAUCUAAAACGUCAAACAAAUGAACAAGAGGGACGAAUUGAACGAUAGGAUUAAUAUGUCUCGAGUCGUCACACGCUGCCAUUUCCGGAUAGAAUCGGAUAGAAACCGAGAGAAAUCGAGUACCAAAGUCGUCCGAGCUUCUCGAUUAUCCUUCCACGGUCUAUCCUAAAGCGAUGCUUAGAAAAGGUACCGUACUAACGCGGUACACCGAGCCGUUGCUUUUUCUAUCUACAUACAAGGUCCAUAAAAGAUACUUCCGCAAAUACUUCCAACGUUCGUCUGAACAACGAACUUUAUCAACCGUGCAUAAUUCUUACUCUUGAAACGUAACGCGUAAUUUGCGCGCUACGAACAUAGUUUACACUAUUUUUAUUAUGAAACAUACGCAUCGUCGAAUAAUUAUUGUAUUUCCUUCUUUCUCGCGAUAUCACGGUACCAUUUUCUAUGCGUUCGAGCUUAGGCGGUUGAAAGUGAAAGAUGACGGAUUUUGUCGGCAUCCGUCAGCAUAUUCGCGUAUAAACGCGCGAGAAACAAAGGCGAGAGAACGCGAUAAUCGAACAACCAGUGACGACACGACUGCAACUAUACGAGACCUGUACCUGUAUAUACUAACAUUACUAUUAAUUAUUCGAUAAUUUAAAAAGGUAAUAAUAUAAGGAGCUCUAAUUUAUGAAUACCUUUAUAUAUGUAUAUUUAAAAUCGUCGUCGAUUGGCGAGAAGCACGGUAGGCUGCGCUCUACGAUAAUCCUUUUGAUAGGAAUAAACCUUUUCAGAAAUUAGGUAAUUUAUUACACCGCGUACUGUAGUAACGUUAAAACACGAGAAAAAAGCUUUCGGUGAUCGAGUAUCUAUAUCUAUAUUUAUACACGUUCAUAUAAAUAACAUAUACAUAUAUAUAAAAAUAUAUAUAUAUAUAUAUAUAUUUUUUAGGCGUCCUUUUGUCGUGGAAUUUUCGAAACGGAAAGCAUAGUCUCUCGGUCCACGCGAACGAAUCUUUUUAUUUCCCUUCUCCGCCCUUCUUUUCGUUCUCUUCCUGUUUUCAAUUUUCUCCUCUCGCGACACUAUUCUUCUCGUUUCGAUCGAUCGAUUUUCGAACGUACCGUUUUUCUUUUUUUCUGUCGUCGAUUGUAAACGCCGAUGCGGUAAGACGAUGAUAAAGAAAUCUAGAACGAUUUUCAUCGUCACACGGUUGAUCGUUCGACGGAAAAACGUCUUAUCUUUCCCGUUUUAUCGCGAUCGCGCACAAAACUCGUUUACUCGUCGCGACGUAACGCGAUUAAGAAAGCUGAUUAAUUUUCGUGUCGUUAAAAGAAUAAGAAGAAUUGAAGAAAUAUGCGCGCUGGAAACGCAGUAUUCAGAAGAAAAGGCAUUAAUUCGUUAAUCUUCGAGGAAAGCCGUUGACUCGCUAUGUCCGGUGUACAAAAUAACCUAUUCGUCGUCGGGGCGAAGACUCGGGCGUGAUUUUCAUUGGGAACAAGUCGAAAGCGCACAUUAACACGGGAACAUCGGGUAGAGAAAUUCGCAGAAAUCAUAAUCACGCGAAAAAGGAAAAUCUAGUCAAAAAAAAACUAACACACGGCUGCGUCUCGUGGGUAACUUUUCGUGUAUAAUUAUAAGAUCCGCCUGAGCCUUUCCUCCAACUUUCGGUUCGCGCUUCGAUUUAACGUCAACGUUUAGCACAUAAAGAAUUGUAUCUUUCUAGAUGUACGUAAAGUUAUUCGGAUUACGAUGAAAUUUGUAAGAUCGUUUUAGAACGCUACUCGUAAUUGGCAAAAAUACCAUAAGUCUUUUUUUAUCAAGAACAAGAAAGCAAAUAAUAUUAAUAAUAACCAAUAAUCCAUAAUAAUAAUAAUAAUAAUAGUAAUAAUAAUAAUAAUAUUAAUAUUAAUAAUAAUAGUAAUAACAAUACUGAUCACCAGUCGAUCGUUCGAAGGAUUCGUUAUCGAACGAUCGAUCAAAAAAAAAAAAAAAAAAAAAUUUGCCGAAGAAACUCGAACGUAUUAAUCAGGCUCGCAUCAAUGGCCACGCACCAUUGAUUCUGUUUCCCUUUCUUUCUUUUUUUUCGUAUCUUCCAUUCGGUUGCACACAAAAUUUCGUCACUCGUACUUCCACUAAUUUUUAAGUGCCGAAUCGUCGACAGUCGAAAUCAGUGAGAAAGCGCAGCCUACCAUUAGAUACGAAACGAUAAAAGUCGCGAUCGGUUAAUGAUUCAUGCGCCUCCUGAAUUCCCCACUUUUGAGAGGCGAGUAAAAACGAGGUGACGCUGGAAUCGCUAAUCGAUAACGAUAGCACAUUAAAACGUAUCGCAGACUGAUAUACGCACGGUUAUCAAUCGUUUAUAAAAACAUUCUAAAGGUACGUGCAUCGCGAUACGACUCCAAGGGCGAGAAAUCAGAUUAAACAGGAAGAUAGGAAAAGAACGAAGAAACAAAUGGCAUGAAGCACAGACCGCGUUCAAGGACAAUUAAUAUUCCAAACUUCCUUUCUUAAUGUCUCAGUUUCGAGAGAAAAAAAGUCAUCGCGCAACUCGCGUAAACAAUUAACCUACAGAAAUCCAAAGGUUCCGCGUCCAAUAAUCGCAAUCUAUCCAUCAUCUAUCCGUUUUAGCUUGGAACGUGACAAGUUCUAUGGUUCCUGCAAAUAUCAUGGUGCUCGUCGUAAGAUUUUUGGAACUGAUCGUUUAGUUCGUUUCUUCCGUUUCGCUGACCCCUUUUGUGUAAAGGCUCCUCUAUCAUAGAAUCUUUAUCGGGAAACGAUAUUUCGAUGCGUCAUAAAUUUAAGGCAGCUUUAAAGUUUACUUUAUUUCGGCGAAUCUCCGUUCAUACGUAUCCCAGAGGAGAAGGUAAACGGGAGAAAAAAAAAAGAAAAAGAAAAGAAAAAGAAGGAGAACGAUAGAAAAGACGGUACGAUUCGCAAGGCCUUUAUGCUGAUUUUUGCAAACAGGUUAACAGGCAAUGUAGAAGACUCGGGCAUUCUACCGAAUGCCUAGGCCAAAUGAAAAUUUUCUUACACGAUGUGUACGCUAUAAUAGCGAUUUAUCGGCUAAUCGAGACACGCGCAGGACGCUGAGGACUACCUUGAUCGCAUCAAAAUCGUAGGAGAAACACGGACUGAACGAUUCUACGAUGUUGACUUUCGGUAGUAAAUUUAGGCCUGCAUGUAUUCUAUGCCGUGAAAACGACAUUGGAAACGACAAUCUGUAGAACAUUCUACGUUCGUUCGAUACGACACCAUUCAUUUCGCACUCAUCAAACGUAACAGAUGUACAUUCCAAUCAUUAAUUUUAAUACUUUUGCGACCGUGCUACUAUAAACUAAUUAAGUAUAGUACCUUGAAAAUUCGGGACUGCUAACAUGACAGUUAUAUAUAUAUAUAACGCUGGUCAGUGAUCGUGCUGAUUACGACUGUACGACAUCUAAUGAAUCCUAAAAGACAUCUGACACAAUUCGAAUCCAUCGAUCGCAAAAGUGUUGAUUAUCGAAUUCAACCACAUCAGGUAUAUUUUUUUACAUACUCAUAUGUAUUUCAUAUUAUACAAGUAUAAUAUGAAAGUUCGGGAGAUAGUUUCCAGUGACGUUUUGACGAUUGUCAUUCCGUAUAUUGCCUCGAUUUCCUACCUUGCCUGCAUUAAACGCACUAUUAUAAAUAACGAGAUGAAGAAAUGAAAGAGAAAGAAAGAAUGCUGGAAUGAAAGAAAACAGAUGAAUGAACGAACGAACGAACGAACGAACGAACGGGAGGGCGAAAGUAAGGGAGAGAAUGAAAUAGCGAAAGUGGAAGAGAAAUAAACCUAAAGUAUAAGAUUUAAAUUGUGAGAAAACAAAAACAGGAAACGAAAAAACGGUGUAGAGAAUGGAAAAUUAAGAAGAUCGUGUAAAUACGCUGAAAGUAGAUAAACGAAGGAAUCAAGCGACUAACCGCCUCGACAACAGACAAGCAAUAUUUAGUUCUUACCAUCUCGUAAUAAUUAAACGAUAACUCCAACUGUACUGUACACACGUGUACACACUCGUACGUAUUUAAACGACUAUAAAUUAAAUGUUAAUUAUCCUUACACUUCGUAUAUAGUAAAUUGUUACGCAUUUAUUAUCAUUACAAUUAUUGAAUAGGUAAUGCUCAAUUAGCAUUUGUUUCUUAAAAUAAAGAAUAAAUAUAUGGCUGUUGGAUAUUUAUAUGCACAUAUCACUACCUAUCAUUCACACCUUUCUCUCUAGUUGUAAGGUCUAAUUUCAAUCAUUCACUUUACCUCUCCAUAAAAUUAAAAAUCGUUCGUUGUUUUCCG